AUGAAGGCCUCCCUGUUUACCAGCCUAUCCGUGGCUGCCCUUGCCCUUGCGGUGCCCCAGAAGCGGAGUGUUCCCACCGCUGCUGAGCUGGCUAGGUUCAAAGUCUUUGCCGAGUAUCAGGCUGCUGCGUUUUGCAUGACCGAGGGCCAGCCUGCCGGCACCCAGGUCGCCUGUCUUGAGGGCCAGUGCAACACCCUGACAUCGCGCAAUGUUACCGUCCACUCAUCUUCCUUCACCGGCACCAUCUUGGAUACUCGAGGCUUUGUCUCUGUUGACCCCGUAGCCAAGGAGAUUGUCUUGACCUUCAGGGGCACCGUUUCCAUCAGAAACUGGGUGGCAGACUUCAUCUUUGUCCAAGUCCCUUGCGACUACGCCUUUGGCUGCCUCGUCCACACCGGCUUCCUCGCCUCCUGGGCCGAAGUCAAGAGCCGUGCCAUGGCCGCGGUCACCGCCGCCAGACAGGCCCACCCGACCUUCAAGGUCACCGUCACCGGUUACUCCCUCGGCGCCGCCGUCGGCACCAUCGCCGCUGCCGACAUCCGCAGGAGCCUCAAGAUCCCCGUUGAUCUCAUCACCUUUGGCUCUCCCCGCGUGGGAAACAAUGCGUUUGCCAAGUUCGUCACUGCUGGGGCUGGUAGCGAGUACCGCCUCACCCACGCCAACGACCCGAUUGCCCGUCUCCCGCCCAUCAUCUUCAACUACAGACACACCAGCCCUGAGUACUGGUUUGAUGAGGGAGCCGAUGGUGUUGUGACUCUCGAUGAGGUCCAGGUCUGCGAGGGGCAUGCCAACAUCCAGUGCAAUGGUGGGACGGGAGACUUCAACAUGGAUGUGCAUGGCUGGUAUUUCCAGAGGUUCACCGGCUGUGCGCCCACGGAACAGCCUUUCAAGGCCCGUAGCACGCCCAUCAGUGAUGCGGAGCUUGCGAAGAUUGUGAACGAGUGGGUGAAGGAGGACAAGGUGUUGGCCAAGAACUUGGAGCUGAGUGGUGAGGCGUAA